AUGGGUAGCCCCAUCGCAGGGGACCUAUGCGAAAUAGUGGUCAGACAAUUAGAAGAUAUAGUCAUCCCUCAAUACUCACCUAACAUCUUACUAUAUAAACGAUACGUGGAUGAUAUUCUCAUCUUAUGGAGGAUUGAGCUGGAUGUUUCAGGGUUCGUUGAUUCGUUCAAUGAUAAUCCAUACGGCCUGACCUUAGAGAUCGAUCAAGCUCACGCUUCUGAAGCCCAUUUUCUCGACAUCAACAUCAAGUUCGAGCAAACAACUACCCGUACAGAAGUGUACCGGAAACCAGGGGCUGAGCAUCUAUACAUUCCAAUAGGAUCGUGCGAUCCACCGAACUAUAAAAUGGCAGCCUUCAACGCCUUAAUUAGGAGAGCAUACUCGCAUUCAUCGGAUCGGAUAUCCCUACAUGCCGAACUAAGACAUAUUGAACAAAUAGCCAACGAACAUGGUUAUUCCAAGAUCGUACGUAAAUUGAUCCGCAAAUGGCGCUGCCGAGAAGUAGCCCUUAACCAAGCACCCAAGGAAGUUCCAUCUAACAUCAUCCCGGUUACAUACAAUCCGUACCUGAAAUCAAUUUACAACACAAUAGCAAAGAAAAAGAAUAUUCGCAUCGCGUAUAGAAGAUGCGCCACAAUUUUUGACAUUUUACGGAACGGGAAAGAUACCCCAAACAGAGAACGACGCCCAGGGGUAUAUACCAUCCCAAUGAUUGAUCAUAGAUGGAACAGAAGCCUGAUAUACGUAGGAUCCACUAAGCGCUCCUUAGAGGUGAGAAUUAAAGAACACAUGGCGGAUAUUCUACAUGCAAGGCAAAACACCGCUCUUGCCGUCUAUGCCUCGGAUACGGAAAUAGAACCGUUAUUCAGCCAGGCCAAGGUAAUCCGCACUACAAAGUACACACACCACCUUAGAUGGCUAGAGGCCCUGUACAUAUGUAUGGCUACGCUUAAAGACGACAAUUGCAUUAACAACAAAGACGAGAUCAUCCUGUCAACUGCAUGGCAGGUGCUCGUAGACAAAAAGUUACGUUAA